AUGCCCCCAAAGGAGUCCGGGCAAUCCCGCCGAGCGCCGUUUGUUUUCCCUCGAUCAAGGAGGGAGAGGGAGAGGGAGAGGGAGGCCGAAGCUGCUCGCGCCAUUCCCGCACAACCGCUGCGAACUUCUGCGCCUUCGCAGCCUCGUCCUGCACAAGAAGCGACCAGAACGGAACGGGUCGCUCCGGCACCUGCAGCUUGCCCCAGGCGGAAGGCUCCGGCCCAAAGGUCGAAGAAGAGGAAACAGGUCCAGGUCGAAGAAUCUGAGACCGAAUCCGAGGAGGAGCCCCUCAGGACGAGCCAAGAGUCCCGGAGGUCGGGCAAAGAGCCUACCGCAACUGGCGACAAAGCAAAGGACGCGGCUGGGUUGCUUGCGAUGAGGAUGUCCAUGGAGAAGACGCGGCUGGGGGCCGCAAAGGGAACGAGCGACCUGGAGGCAGAGGUCGCGAAACUGAAGCAGGACUUGCAGUCCGUUGAGGCGGAGAGAACCCAAGCGUUCGAUGCAGCGAAUAGGUAUCUGAACCAAAAGGGCGCUACUCAGCGAACAGUGGACUUCCAGAAGGCGGAGCUUGAUCGCCGCACAGAGGAAAGACCAUGCCCCCAAAGGAGUCCGGGCAAUCCCGCCGAGCGCCGUUUGUUUUCCUCGAUCAAGGAGGGAGGGAGAGGGAGAAGGGAGGCCGAAGCUGCUCGCGCCAUUCGCACAACCGCUGCGAACUUCUGCGCCUUCGCAGCCUGUCCUGCACAAGAAGCGACCAGAACGAACGGUCGCUCCGACCUGCAGCUUGCCCCAGGCGGAAGGCUCCGGCCCAAAGGUCGAAGAAGAGGAAACAGGUCCAGGUCGAAGAAUCUGAGACCGAAUCCGAGGAGGAGCCCCUCAGGACGAGACAGAGUCCCGGAGGUCGGCAAGAGCUACCGCAACUGGCGACAAGCAAGGACGGCUGUUCUGGACUCGUUGGGAGUCUGCCCGAGCACUUGUAGCAAUCGUAUAUGGCUGCUCGGUGCGACCUCUUGGAGUGUACAGCGAGUUGCAGACACGGCGACGACCUCUGGCCACGCUUCAGCAUCUGAUCAAGGGGUUGCUUGCGAUGAGGAUGUCCAUGGAGAAGAGCGGCUGGGGGCCGCAAAGGGAACGAGCGACCGGAGGCGAGGUCGCGAAACUGAAGCAGGACUUGAGUCCGUUGAGGCGGAGAGAACCCAAGCGUUCGAUGCAGCGAAUAGGUAUCUGAACCAAAGGGCGCUACUCAGCGAACAGUGGACUUCCAGAAGGCGGAGCUUGAUGCCGCACAGAGGAAGUCAGAGAACUUCAAAGGACACCGCAGCUUCUAAGGAGGUCGGAGAGAAGGACCAGGAGCUUCGGCGACCUUCGACGGGCCAGCGAGCUGAUGAGGAUAGGCAGGCUUCGAGCAAGAAAGGCUUGCCCUUGAGGCCGCGCUCCAGGAGAGCCAGGCAAGGUCGCUUCUCUGACUGA